AAAACAAUGAAAUGAAAUGCCGAGGUUCCAUCUUUCGAACGAAUCCGCCGUGGAAUGAUAGCUUUACGAUCGGUGCAGGAGGAUGAAAGAUCUCCGGUGGGGACUUGUCCGGGUCUUCCUGCCGCCGAUGCAACGAAACCCUCUUCCUCAUCCACCUCCCUUCUCUUCAAACCACCGCCCCGAGAAAAAGACCGGAAGGCUGCGCUCUACCAUCUCUAUUGCUAGUUUACUACUCCACCCAAAAUCCCCUCCUUUGUAAGCCGUUCUUUGAGCUACGUCUAGACCGGAGGCUCUUAAGAUUUGCCGUGCGCUUUCCUCCCUUCUCUCUCUCAGCUCUCUAAGCCCAAAGGUAGCAAGGAUUGUUGCCACUAUCUGCUAUCUGUGGAUCCCAUUUUUCUUGGCGAUCAUAGAGAAUCUUACGAGCGAAAUUCGAACUGUCAAAGGGAUCGCCGCCUUGGAGUAGUGACGGAGUCUCAUUGUUAUCUGUGAUCUUUUCGUUCCGGUGAGGCGUGGUAAAGGAGUCAUUUUGGUAGAUAACAAAAUAAAGCAACUAUGCAAAAGGAUAGCAGCUCCAAUGACACUCCAUCAAAUCAUCUGGGGCGGGUUCGGCAUCGGAAACGCUCAACUGAGGUUUCUCAAGAUGCAAAUAAAGCAAAUGGGGCAAAUUUGCUUGUCAAUGACCGCAACAAAUACAAAUCAAUGCUUAUUCGUACGCAUUCAUCAUUGUGGAUGAUAGGGGCUUUUGCAUUUAUAAUCUACAUGGGUCAUCUAUAUAUCUGGGGCAUGAUUGUUGUCAUCCAAAUCUUUAUGGCAAGGGAGCUGUUUAAUUUGCUUAGGAAAGCUAAUGAAGACAGACAGCUUCCAGGUUUCAGGCUUUUAAACUGGCAUUUUUUCUUCACCGCAAUGUUGUUUACUUACGGACGCUUUCUCAGCAGACAGCUUGUCAAUACUGUUACUUCAGAUAAAUUGCUAUAUCAGCUUGUGAGCGGGCUUAUCAAAUACCAGAUGGUUAUCUGCUAUUUCCUAUAUAUUGCAGGUUUUGUAUGGUUUAUUCUUACACUAAAGAAGAAGAUGUACAAGUAUCAGUUUAGCCAGUACGCGUGGACUCACAUGAUCCUUCUAAUAGUUUCUGUCCAGUCCUCUUUCACUGUCGCAAAUAUAUUUGAAGGAAUAUUCUGGUUUCUUUUGCCAGCGUCGCUUAUCGUCAUCAAUGAUAUUGCUGCAUAUUUCUUUGGAUUCUUUUUUGGGAGAACACCUUUGAUCAAACUUUCUCCAAAGAAAACUUGGGAGGGUUUCAUCGGUGCAUUAGUCACAACCAUGUUCUCCGCUUUUGUGCUAGCAAAUCUAAUGGGUCGCUUCCAGUGGCUAACAUGCCCAAGAAAGGACUUGUCUACGGCAUGGCUUCACUGUGAUCCUGGGCCAAUGUUUAAACCAGAAUAUUAUUCUUUACAGGGAUGGGUGCCUCAAUGGUUUCCUUGGAAGGAAGUACCAAUUUUGCCUGUGCAGUGGCAUGUUCUUGCUCUUGGUCUAUUUGCAUCAAUAAUAGCACCAUUUGGAGGUUUUUUUGCAAGUGGUUUCAAAAGGGCAUUUAAAUUUAAGGAUUUCGGUGAUAGCAUCCCUGGACAUGGUGGAAUUACUGAUAGAAUGGAUUGCCAAAUGGUUAUGGCAGUUUUUGCGUACAUAUACCAUCAAUCUUUUGUGAUGCCUGAGAGCUUUUCGGUUGAAAUGAUUCUGGACCAGAUACUAAGGAACCUUACCUUUGAGGAGCAGCAAACUCUGUACGAGCAACUUGGGAAGAUCUUUCAAGACAGACAGGCUAUGCCACCCUAAAACCAUCUGAUUUACUUUUGUUAGUUGCAGUGCUUGUGAAACGGUGUGCUCUAAAUAUUUGAUCCAUCAACAUGGUUUUAAAUGCUUUGUAUAGCUCCUUAAACCAUGUCAAUUUGAUGAAUCUUUAGUCUUAGAACCCUUGUAUGGUCUUGAAACCGUCCUUGCGCUUCAAGAGAAAAAUGAACAUUCCAUUCGAAACA